AAAUCUCCCAAGUGUAAACGCUCCCAAAAAUUUGAAUUCAGCCAGCGCCAAACUAUCUUCUUCUUCACCCCUCUCACACAUACACACAGUUACAAUAAACCCAGAAAAUGCUCUCUCUAUUCUAAAAUUCAAACCUUAAUCUCUCCAAAAUUCAAACUUUGACAACCCCAACAAUGUCUUUAAUCAAGCCAUCAUCUCGCUAUGCUAAAACAUCUUUUGAUUCUUCAAGAUCUUCCACUAAAUCUGACCCUUCUUCCUCUAUAGACCUCACAUCAAAAACCCAAAACACAGCUCUAAUCAAAAUCAAGAAAGGUUCAAAUGGGGUUACUCAAACUACCCAUCAAUCCAAUUUCAGCUCAAUGGUCAAGAAAUUUGUUGAACACAAAUCUGCCACAAAGCAGCAGAAAAAGGGUGAUUUGAAAUUGGUUAUUCCUGUGGAUUUUAUAGCUGAAGAUUUGAAGAAAACAGCGAAAAGGGGCAGUGGUUUGAGUUCUUUGCAUAAGAAAUUGUUUAAAGGUUCUUCUUCUGCUGCUGCUGGUGGUGUGAAAAAAGACGAAGGAAGCGCGAAGAAGGCGUUGACGGAGGUUAAGGGGAAUACAAGGACAUUAGGAAUGGUUCUUAGAAGUGAGAGGGAGUUGUUAAGUAUGAAUAAGGAGCAGGAGGAUCAGAUUGUUGAGCUUAAGUUGAUGCUCGAGGAGAAACAUCGAGAGGUUGAGAAGCUUAAGGACCUGUGCUUAAAGCAAAGGGAAGAGAUAAAGUCACUCAAAAAUUCCAUACUGUUCCCAGAUGUUAUGAAUUCUCAAGUUCAGGAUCUUUUGGAAAAGCAGGGUUCAGAACUCAAACAGGCAAAGCAGCUUAUACCAAAUCUUCAAAGGCAGGUCACUUCUCUUACCGGGCAACUACAAUGCCUAGCCGAAGAUCUCGCUGAGGUCAAAGCAGAUAAAUAUGCUAUAAGAGGGAGCUAUGACUCUUUUGGUAGCCCUCCAGAAUAUGAUCAAGAAGAAGCAGCUAAUUCUCUGGAGUUCAGCUCUGAGGAUCACACAAUUCCCGGUAGUCCAGAUGACAUGUUUCUCAAGGAUGUAAACCCCUGCUUAACACCUUAUUAUGCCAAGACAAAGUCCAAGGAAUUUGAUGACUUCAAUUCUCCUGAUGCUAAAGAUUUGGUAAAAAACAACAUUCAAGUGUAUCAUGAGGCCAGCUACAAUUCCUGUGCAAGGAAGUUGUCGAAAAGUUCAGAUUGUCGCCAAUGUUCCAAUACAGGCAACAAAGCAACUCGUGCAGCUCGCAGUUCUCAUGAAAGCAAAUGUACUUACGGAAAGCAGGUUCACAAUAAGUUCUACUAAGUUGCCCUCAAUCCUGACAAUGCUUCUUGAGGGCCACAAAGCCUUGAAUCAACAGCUUGCUGGUUGACGACAUUCUUGGUGAUCGCAUUGUCUCAAUUUUCCGUCCAAUUCUCUCCUUUUCGAUGUAUUUCAGAAACUCAAUCUGAUUGAGCUGCCUAGACCAUGUAAUCAGCAUACAUUUUGUUGGUAUGAUCUGUUAAUAAAAUGCACGUUUGGAGGCUAAAAUUGCAUUUUUAAGAUCGUAUUUCAACAAAUCUACAAUAUGCUCAGUGGAAUCCCACAAU